AUGUCGUACCAAGACUUCAAUGCAACAAAGGUCACAGAAUUCAUAAUACUUGGGUUUCCAGGACUUCAGCCCAGUUAUUUUGGACUCAUAUCUGUGGUUUUACUGUUUGUUUAUCUGGCCAUUGUAGGAGGCAACAGCUUUAUUCUUACUGUUAUUGUCAUAGAGAGAAAUCUCCAAAAACCCACUUAUCUCCUGUAUUGCAACCUGGCCAUGUCAGACCUAAUCUUUGCCACCACCACCUUGCCCAAAGUCAUUGCCCGGUACUUGGCAGAGGACAAGAUCAUCUCCUUCAAUGCCUGUUUCUUACAGAUGUUCAUUAUCCAUGUAUUAGGGGGCUUCAAUUCAUGGCUGCUGAUGAUAAUGGCUCUUGAUCGUUAUGUUGCCAUAUGCAACCCCCUCCGAUACCAAGCGCUUAUUAAAAAUUCCACCAUUCUGAUCCUAUGUGGCAUAUGCUGGCUCAUAUCCUUGAUCUGGAUGACUAACAGUCUUAUUCACUCAGUCUCCUUGCCCUAUUGUAACUCUAAUGUCAUUGUACAGUGUUAUUGUGACCAUAUUUCAGUAACCAGCCUAGCAUGUGAGAAUGCAAAGGAGGUUCAAGUUAUAAACCUUUCUGUUGCCAUCUUAGUAUGGCUGGCUGCACUUAUUUUUAUAAUAUUUUCUUACAUUUCCAUCAUUUUGUCAGUAAUGAAAACCGCAUCCUCAGAUGGAAGAUACAAGAUUUUGUCCACCUGCAGUCCGCAGCUCUUCAUCAUAUGUCUCCAUUACAUUCCCCGGUGUUUUGUUUACAUUGCAAACACCAUAAAUCUCAACUUCAGUGCAGAUUUCCGUAUCCUGAUGAUCAUGCUGUACAGCGUCUUUCCCCCCAUGGUGAACCCUCUGAUAUACUGCUUGAAGACAAAAGAAAUCAAAGAUACUUUGGUUAGAAGGUGGAAAAUCUGA